GCUGCCCUAACAACAACCGAAGGCUCAUCUAGUUGACCGGCCAUCUUGCGAGUCAAACUGCAUCCAUUACCCGGGCAUUUGAUGGGCCUGUGAUUUGGGGAAGUCCCCACAUCAUCCUUGACUAGAUCGCUACGAAACCCUCCCAGUUCACCCAAUGGCAACCGAGUCAAGUCAUUUGAGAAACAGAGCGAAGGAAAAUGGAACAGACAACAAAGGAAACUCGGGCAAGUCCGUUGGUGCGAAAACAAUCCUCGCAAGUGGAUACACAAAAGAAAAGCGGAUGCUGGAAACGUUCAGUGUUGUUUCUUAUGCUAUUAUCUCCUCAACUCUAAUAAUCUUUCUCUGCAUCAAUUUUAAAAUUUCUCACAUCAAAGCUGUGAUAUUGGGAAUAGUUGGCGGGAUGGUUGUUGCUGACUUCAUGUCUGGAUUGGUCCACUGGGCGGCGGACACAUGGGGCUCUGUGGAUAUUCCCAUUUUUGGCAAGGCAUUUAUCAGGCCUUUCCGUGAACACCAUGUUGACCCAACAGCUAUCACCCGGCAUGACCUCAUCGAGACAAAUGGCGACAACUGCCUGUUGACUCUUCCAGUCCUGUCAGUAGUGACAGCCAAAUACUUCAUCUGUGAUCAAAACACCAUCAGCUCCUGGUAUGCCUUGGACUGUUUCCUGUUUUCCCUGGGCUUCUUUGUCAUGCUAACCAAUCAAAUCCACAAGUGGUCACACACAUAUUUUGGGCUCCCAUGGUGGGUGGAGAAACUCCAAAGCUGGCAUAUCAUCCUGCCAAAGCUUCACCAUCGGAUUCACCACGUUGCGCCCCAUGAGACAUAUUUCUGUAUUACCACAGGAUGGCUAGACUACCCCUUAGAGCUUAUUAGGUUUUGGCCAGCCCUUGAGUAUCUCAUUGAAAAGAUUACAGGUCAUAAGCCAAGGGCGGAUGACAUGACCUGGGCCUCCAAACCGAAGUAGCUGUUUUGUGACAGUAAAGUUUAAACUUGGUUUCAUUAUGCAUGAAUUUUCUUUGGUUUGUUUACAGUUCCAUUGCAAGUGGUCAAUGAUAUUUAUUAUUAUGUAAUUAUUUAGUUUAUAACCAUUUUUUUAACACUUAAAAGGACAUUCUAUCUAACUUGAGCAAUGGCUACUUAAUCAGUAUCAGUCACCUUAAAUAACUUUGAUAAGUCUGUUACAGUAAUUAGACUUAUCACAGUAUGAAAAGUCAGGGAAUUUGACGUUCUUAGAUAAAAGUCAUUAUUUUGAUAUUUGAAUAAGUAUAUAAGAGAUUUUAAAAAGCAUGAACUAUCAUGAAGAGACAAAGAGAAAAGCAUGGACAGUAAAUGUGCCAGCAAGAAACUGGUUCUCAAAUAAUGCUAGAAAAUAUUUUUCAUGAGAGGUCUGCUUAUAAAAUAUAAAAUGAAUAUUUUUUCUAGGUUAAAUUAUCUUACCAGAUUACAAUACUACAAAAAGUGUAGGGGGUCUGGACAGUUUUUACAUUACAGACUAUGUUUAAAGGGGUUAUGUCUUGAGUUUUCCUUGGGCCAAUUUUUUUUACUGAAUAAUCCACCGUUGGAAGCUAUCCAGAAUUCUACUUGAGUUUUUGUGGUUUGUUGGGGAAAUAUAGGCUAAGCUCAAACGUAUUAUCCAUGAGCCGUAUUCAACGAAAUAAAUAAUGUAAAUGAAUCGAGUUGAUUGUUUUAUCUUCAUUUGCUUGUAUUGCAUUGAUACGGCCAUGGAUAAUAUUAAUACGACGCUUGAACUUAGACGUAAUAGACAAAAUAGACCCUUUAGGUUAAUAUCAUAGACAAAAUACACCCUUUAGUUUAAUAUCAGCGUUGUGUUUAUUUAUAUCCACGAGAUGAAAAUAAUGUAACAUGUGCUGUGAAAUAAACUCUAAAGUGCCCUAUA